CAGUCUCACCACAUUUGGAACGCAGGGAGAGGGUGUACUCCUCCAUCAUCAUUUUCAUCCUCCUGCUAUCUCUGCGCGCGCGCUCUUUGUGUGUGUGUGUGUGUGUGUGUGUGUGUGAGAGAGAGAGAGAGAGAGAGAGAGAGAGAGAGAGAGAGAGAAAGAGAGAGAGAGAUCUGUCUACUAAGGUCUGUCUACUAGGACUAACAGGACUAUAGCAGUCCAGCUGCGAGGAAGAAAUCACUCGCGCGCUACAAAACUGCAAAAGCCAAAUCUCAGUGAUGGCCUCUCUGGUGCAGCUGUUCCUAGACACGCCUCAUCUGGAAAACGUUUAAAACUCUGACGACAUCCGGACACACUUUAGACACCACAACACACUCCUGCUUAGCCAUGUACAGCGUGGAGGACCUUCUUAUCUCUCAUGGAUACAAAAUCAGCAGCAACAACAAUGUCCCUCCAUCGCACUCAUCCUCGUCCCAAGAACAGCGGCCAGCGUCGCGCAGUAAUAGUCGGUGUGAAAUCGUGGACAAGCGGACAGGACAUGGCGCAGUGAAUGGUUACAAAGUGGACAGUGUUUAUGGUGGUGCUGGGAAGCAGGCUUUAUCUCAGAGUGGCCCCAGUGACACAGAGAUCAGGGACAAGAAUCAGAGGACAGAGGAAGACAAUGCUAACCGAGUAGAUGGACACUCGCCUGGAGGCACCAGUGACAGCAGAUUCAGUGAUGCCCACAGAGAAAUGUACACUUAUCCACAGCCAGAGCAUGAUGUGUCCUACUGGCGGAGACGGGGCCAAGACUUAAACAUGCUCCUGGACUAUGUGGAUAUAAGAGACCCACAAGAGAAACAAUUAGGCAGUCAACAUAAAGCAGAGGGCAUGCAGCGAAGGCCUGAGUCAGCACUAACCACCGAAGAGCAUCGCCGUGAGAGACAACGCAGGGCAGACAGUGCACGUGCCAGAGAGCGAGAACUUGCCCUGUAUCAAUGGAAAAUGGCUGCAGAGAGGAAAUACCAGAGCCUAGGAACAGAAGAGUGGCGUCCAGCUGUAGGAAUUGGUCGACAUAUGUCUGAAAGUGAAGGCGAAAGAUGGGCACAGGAGCAGCGUCGACCUCGAACAGCAGAGGGUGCUGUUCCUCCCAGGACCAAAGCCAAAUCACAGUCCCUACCCAGAAUGGCCAUGCCCUCUGACAGCAUCCAGUACUUAAGCAUGUCAUCCACUGGGCAAGAUCCAUGUGCAAGCUAUCGAAUAAAUGGGCACCAGUCACGGCUGCCUAAAGGUUGCAAUCUCAGUGAAGGGGAAAUUAGGGAGCAGUGGAUUGACAAUAGUCGGUCAGGUGUACAAUCUGCACCCCCUUCAAAGCCCCGUUUUAGUCGACCUCUAAGACCCCCAUCAUAUGAAGUUCACCAGCAGAUGCGUGGAAGUUCAGAGAUGCUCUCUGGUGAUUUUGUGCCCCAUGCCAGAGACAGAACUCCACUGCCUUUUUCCAGACAGGAUUACUUUGCACAGGAACUUGGUGGGUCUGGCAUGGAGCCUCCAGGUUACAUCCCUCCACCAUCAUACAGGCGGCAACCUGUCAUUAGAGGAGGGCACAGGACUUAUGCCAAUACCAUGGGGAACUACCAGUACAGGGGAGACUCAUACAUGCAAGGGCCUGCAAUGGCUGAGGUCCAGGAGUGGUUCAUGAGACAGACAGGAAUAGCUUGGCCUGAUAAUUACAGGGAUGGGAGAAGGAGUAUGCCCUGUAGGAGACAGGCAUACCCUGGUUAUGUAGAGGAGCACACAGCGAAUGUUCAAUACAUACCUUUUGAUGACCCACGAGUCAGACAUAUCUCAGGAAGAAGAAUAAAUGGGAACUCACUGACAGAUGCUGACAAAAUCAGGAAUAUUACAAAAGAGAUGCCCAUCACCUCUACAUGUGAGAAAUCUCCUGAUGACAGUGCCUUUCUUGUCUCAGGAAAACCAUUCAGCAGCACAGAAGCAAGUAACAGCAAUAUCAGUGAUUGUGUUGAUGAAGCAGUCACGCAUACAGAGGUUUCACGAGAGAUGGUCAACUCAAAGUCAACAAAUAAUGAAAACUCCAACAAAUACCCAGCCAGUCCUGACUAUCCAACUACCUUCCAAACAACAUUCUCACAACAGAAACCUAGCAUAGACCAACAAUUCUGUGAGACAGUAACACAGGUAAAGACAUUUGAAGCACAAACAGCAGCUGAAAAUAAGAAAAACAAGAAGAAAAUUAAAGAGACUAUGUUCUGUUUGGUAUCAGUUCCAAUAAACAUGGUAGCCAACAAGGAAGCUACUGAUACAAAUAACAAUGAAAAAGUAUCAAGCUUAGUAGUGGCACCUGCAGAAAGUUCAGUGACCCAGUAUUGUAGCAAAGACAUGCCAAAGAUUGCAAAUAGCAAUGAGCAAGUAAUACAAUCCAGCAGCUCCUUAAACACAAAAAGGACCAAAAAACCUUCACUUCGGAAAGAGGUCAUAGAUGUUUGGUCUCUCCAAGCAAGUGUUGACAAAGAAAUGUGCUCUGCAGGAUCUUGGCCAGGAGAUCAAUAUAAAAAUCAAGAGACACAGACAGGUUCUCUUGAGGGUUCAAGAAAUACAAAUGCACAAAAUCUCCAAAAGCAAGCUACAUAUGAUCCUCCAUCGUCCACAGACAGUGGGCAGGGCACUGAAUGCAGUAUCAGCUACAAAUGUCCCCAAAAAGUGCAAAAGAAUUUCAACCCUUCAAGCAACAGUGCAUUUUCCCAAACAAAAGCAGCUAGCAGCUCGAAUAUAAAAAGCCCAGUUCAAGUCUUAAUGACUUCAUCACCACCAUCUCCUGAUCGCCAGCCCCCACUGAGACAAAGUGUGCCCAAACCUCACACACUAAACGGCCAAGAGGUUUUUGGUCAGUUCUUGUUAAAACCUGUGAACAGGCGACCAUGGGAUGCCAUAGGGGAGCUUGAGUCUUUUAACAAGGAGCUGCAAGAUCACAAUGCCAAACAACAAACCACUGAUCAGUCUACAGAGGACCUAGAUGAGGCACUGAGAAACAUUUUAGAGGUAGACAACACAAGCACAGGGUUCAUUACACCUCAGGUGUCUGCUUAUAAGGUUAAACAGCAACAUACAGACAGAAGUCCUCAACAACAGCUAAAGAAUGACAAGUUCGAUUUCAGGUCAGAUUUAGAACAUAGAGGCAUGAUUCAAACAGGUAAAAAUUUCAGGGAAGUAGGAAGUGCCUUCUCUACAUCAACAGGGAGGUUUGUAAAUCCUGACCUACCUUUAACACCAGAGAUGGACAGUGGGUUUGUGAAUUAUGAGGACUUGAGUAUAAUGCAAGAUGUCCUGAGGUUAAACAGCUUGGAUAUUCCUGUGCCAAAGGAAUCUCUACUAAAGGAUGUUGGACUUACAGUGUACACACCGAUUCCAGACUCAGUGAAACUAGGAUCACCUGUAGGUUUAAGCCCAGAGUCUCCAAUGCUGACUAGUCCCUCUGACAACUCAGAAACAUGUGAGGUUUUACAAAUCACAUCUUCAGAUAGUGGAGAAGAUCAAAAUACAAACAGCCCUGACUUUAGUGCAAAUCAUAAGCACACAAACAGUAAUAUAAUCUAUGCUACUAAACAUGACCAUAAAGUCUCGGAAAAGAGUUCAGAGAAAAACUCAGAAAGGUCACGUCCCAUUAAUGUUGUCAGAAGUCAGCAUUUCACAUUUAUGGCAAACUUUGAUCAUGCUGAUUAUGAUGAUAAUCUGUAUGUAAGCAAUGAGAAAACAAUAGCUGAUGAACAUCUGGAGGCUCUUCUGAGUCAGGAGAAAGCCAGUAGCAUACCAACAGAGGAUCUUAGCAAUCUGUAUCAAAUUCAGUGUGCCAAAGGGAUUCCUGUGAAUGAGUCCAUUGAACAGAGGGCAGCAAGGAUCUUGGGUAUUGCUAUAUCUGCUGAAGCCUUGGUUAUUAGUCAAGAUGGUUGCAAUCAGUUUCAGGAAAAUGAGCAUAGUGACAAACAGAGUGAGGAAAAGGCUGAAUUUAUUCUGCAAACCAUGAGAGUAAGGCCAAAUGAAGAAACAAAGCAUGUGAAUAGCAAGUAUGAGCAAGUGAUGGCGACUUCAGUCCACACCUCUGAUUUGAUGGAGAAGAAAGAUACUGCCGCAGGGGAAGACCACAACUGUACAGGAGAUAAGUCCAUUAAAGAGAAUCAUAUUAAUUCCUUAGUGUUAGAUUUACCAGAGUUUCCGCCUAAUAACCUGCGUUUAUCACUGCCAGUGACUGAGGAUGAGGAUCUGACUUUAAGUGUGUGUGGAGGUGAGAAAAAGGUCACACCAGCGGUAUACAUGUCUGAUAGCCAACCGGACAAGUCCAUCGUAUAUCACCCAUCUCCUUUGUGCAAAAAUGAAGAAAUGUCUUCAGAGAGCAUUAAUCCUGACGUUGAGGAUGAGUCAAUGUCAUGCAUCAGCGGUUUCAAAAAAGAGAUCCAGAAAGGGAGGGGAGAAGAGGAAAUGGGAAAGGAAAGAACCGAAAAUAGAGUUCAAGAGGACAACGUACUAGAAGGAGAAGAAGAGCAAUUUCGUCUGAAUGAAAUGAGAGUACAUGAGUGGCAAGCUGCUUUUGGGGAACAGAUAGAUGAGGAUUUAGAUAGCUUCAGGGAAAAAGAGGAAGAGACAAAAGAAGCAAUAGUGGAAAGAGCAAUUCAGUCACCACAGUCCAUGGGUUACUCAGUCCCAGUCCCAGUCCCUCAGUCACGCAGUGGAACAGUGGUCAAGAGAGAAAUCACACUCCCGGACACCUUUAACAUGACCGCUGAUUCAGAUUCGCUUGAGGAUGAAGACAUUCAGUCUAUUUCGGACUCGUAUGAUCCCAGUCGAGUUGAGAGGGUGUAAACUUGGAUUAUUGGCAACAGCAUCUCAGACUGUCCACACUGUCCUGUCCUGUCACUGUGACCUGGCUGGGAAAUCAGUCAAUUCUUUCACUUUUCUUUUUUUUUUUUUUUUUUUUUUUUUUUAUAUUAGAAAAAUGUUAUUGUUGUUCUAAACAAAAACUGACAGCACACUCUCCUUAUGUUAUGAAUCUUUUUGUUUUUACAACAUAUUUUGAAUUAAAUAAAAAGUGAUUUUUUUGUUCAUACUAAGCUGUUGAGAACAAUAUAACCGGAAAAUUAAUACUGUAUGUAUUACAAUUAAAGGUUGUAAAUAGUUUUAUCUGCACCAGCACAUCUUGAUGUUUGAUAGAUUUUCACCGAACACGUUAUAAAGCAAAUAAGACAACAUACACAACAUGCCAGCUUGGACUUCUCAUCUCCUGCAGUAUAACCAGUGACAAAGAAGUCAGUGCUUAAAUCUGUUUCAGAAGCAAAUUAUGAACUGAAACAAGGUUUGAUUAAGUCUUCCAUUGUACAAAGAAAGAAAAAAAAGAAAGAAAGAAAUGCAAGUGUAAGUGUAUAUUUAAUGUCAAGUUUAUUAUCACCCUUCAGCAAUGUACUUGGUAACAAAAAGCACAGCUGAAUGUUGUGUUUUGACAACUGAGGUAUUCAUAACAGUGUGUCCAUGUAGGAGUUAUUAGCUAUUAUGUCAUAUUAACUGUCAUUUAAAAAAAUAAUGUUUAAUAUCAUGAAUGAAACAUGAACUUGUAAUUAUCAGUAACCAGCAGAAAAUAUUAUAUCACAUCAAAGAUGCAAAAACUUAACAAAUGCGUAUUUAUUUUUUAGAUCGUGAAACAGAAAAUGCAACAUUAUAAAAUAAUUUGACAUUUUAAUCGUGCAGUUCUGUUUGCUUGAUUACAAUCACUUUGCAAAUGUCACUAGUGUAAUUUCUUGCAGAGUCUGUACGGUAAAUCAGAUGAUGGUGUGCCUUUGGACAUGGAAAUGUAAAAAAAAAUGAUGUAUUAUGUUUUGUUUGUAUAUUUCAUGUCACUACAUCUUGUUUGACAAGUUAAGAGAAUUGUGUUACUGAUUACUGUCUUGCAUGCUCAAUGUGGACUCCACCUGAAGUUCUGCCAUUAGAGCACCAUCAGUAUGUGUAGUUCAUUAACACUGUUUAAUGUUACAUGUGAUGAACUUGAGAAACAGCUAGAUGAGAUUUUUACUAUGAUACAACACACUGUUAUAAAUAGUAAGGUGAUUUGAGGCACUCAGGCCAAGUUUUAUAGAACGUGAAUCUAAUAUCUAUACGUAUAUAUAAAAAAGUUGGGGAGAAAAGAGUCAUUUAACAGUACAUUUAAGAGUAACUGGCCAAUAAGUGUUUAGGUUUUGAAAAUAAACGACUAUGGUGUUGCUUAAAUAUAUUUCUGUUAAUAAUCAUUUCUAUUUUCAUACAGAAAGAGUAUGUGUAUGUAUAUGUAUGUAUCUGUUCUUGUGUAAAUCACUGUUGUUUGUUGACUAAUGUUGUGUCAGCAUGAGAUAAACAGUGUAUCAUGGAUAAAACUGGGGCUUAGGGUUUUGCAUAUUAUUGCAUUUGGUACUACAUAAUAAAAUCAUUAUAUUUCAAAUUGCAUAUUUGUAUUCUCCAAAACAAAAGCAUUGACAUUUAAAAUAAAAGCAUUAUUUUUUAGAAUAUUUUAAAGAAGUAAAGUGUUUAUUAUAUAUGCACAUAUUCAAACCAACUGGUUUAAAACACAGUGUUGGGAAAGUGCUUUCUUUGUACAUUACAAAAAAAUAUAAAUUAAUAAAAUGUUUGCAUGGUC